UUUUUUUGCCAGCUGGCCGCUGCGACUCGCACCUACGUCAAAUAUCUAAGACAACAACAAGUUAACUUAGGCAAUUCAUAGUAAACAGCGAGCUUUAAAAGUGAAACAACGGAGUAUUAGGACUUCACAGCAUGACGCACAAAAACUUUAACGUGGAGUCAGGCUAAAACGCGUCUCCCAGCGCCGCCUGCCAAGCCUCAUGAAAAAGAGAGUUUUAUUGUCCUAGCUUGCUGGCUAACGUUAGCUAUUUGUCCGGCGAGUAACCGACAUAGAGGGAUGUCUUUACGGUACAAAUACCGGCGCCACCCGACGAGCAUAAAGCAGGACCAUGAUGACGACUCGGAUGCGGAGGAGCCUCCACCGGGUCUGCGGAUCAGGACGGACGGGCUGGACAACCAGGUCAUCCACAGCGGACACUUCAUGGUGUCAUCGCCGCACAUCGAACACCCUCCGAAGAAGGGCUACGACUUCGACACUGUCAACAAACAGACCUGUCAAACGUAUCAUUUUGGGAAGGCGAGCAUGUCCCACCUCUCCAUAGAUGCUUCACUGACCAAACUCUUUGAGUGCAUGACUCUAGCGUACAGUGGGAAGUUGGUAUCUCCCAAAUGGAAAAACUUCAAAGGUCUAAAACUGCUUUGGAGAGACAAGAUCCGCCUCAACAACGCUAUAUGGAGAGCCUGGUACAUGCAGUAUGUGGAGAAAAGGGAGAAUCCUGUUUGUCACUUUGCAACUCCCCUGGACGGAAACAUGGACUUGGACGUCCAUCGUCCUGCAGAGGGCAUUGCCACAGAGGGGAAAUGCUGGAAAAGGAGAAUUGAAAUUGUCAUAAGAGAAUACCACAAGUGGAGAACAUACUUUAAAAAAAGGUUACAAAAGCACAAGGAUGAUGACCUGUCAAGCUUACUUAAGGGACCCGAGGAGCAGUUUUCGCUGUUUGGGGAAGUCUCUCCAGACAUGCUCCGUGUCUCAUUUUAUCAGGAUGAAGAGACUGCUGUUCGCCGUUUGCCUCGUAGGCAUAAUGAAACGCCGCCCCCCAUGGAGAUGGACCCCCUCUUUGACAUGGAUGUUCUGAUGUCUGAGUUUUCAGACACGUUGUUCUCUACAUUGGCAUCGCACCAGCACAUAGCAUGGCCUAAUCCAAGGGAGAUCGCUCAUGCUGGGAAUGCAGACAUGAUCCAGCCUGGGCUCAUCCCUUUACAACCCAACCUAGACUUCAUGGACUCCUUUGAUCCACUGCAAGACUUAUUUCACAGCCUCCGUCCGCCCGUCUUCCCCUCUGUUUCACCCACUGUACCAUCUGUCACCCCUCUACCCAGCAGCAGCUCUCAGUCACAGACCCAGUUAAUGCCCUCCAUGCUUACAAGCAACCACAUAUCCCCUCCUGAACCUCUGCCCAUCCCCUCUCCCAUGGCCAGUCGAACCAGUCGAACAGGAGGUGCUGGGGCUGGUGGUGGUGGUGGUGGUGGUGAUUCUGCCUAUGCAAGAAACUACAUGCCUCUAUUUCCUGGGCAGGUGGCGCCUGGUGAUCAAAGAGUGGUUGCCUCAGUUUCUGAGCCUUUAAGCCAUGAUCCAAUAUUGCAGUGCCUUUCAGGUCAGGACUUGACCUCAGCAUCAGCUCCUAUGGUUCCCUCACCAUUGGAAAACACCUCAGCAUUGGAUGAGACGCACACCGCCCCCUCUGCAGUCACACCCAGCGAUGCGUCCUCCACCUUCAGCCAGGCCUCAGAGUAUAGCUCCAUAUCUGCACCACCUCCCCCUUCCCAACUGCAGCCCUUGGCUCCAUUACUGGCCCCUCCUGUCCAGCACCCUCAGACUUUUGUACUGCCUCGCCCCUUUCAGUCCUCCAGUGCCAACAAAAAUCGCCCUGUGCAAAGGAUUGCUCCUGCUAACACCCUCCCCACCUCCCACCUCAUCCUCACAGCCCCUUUCCCAGGUCAUGCCAACGCUGUUAUUGUUACACCAACAUCUCUGAAAGCAGACGUCCAUAAUACUGGAGUAGUCAUCACUCCUUCUCAGCUUGGAGGGGCUCCUGGAUUUCACGUUGUGUCUCAUAAGUCUCCACAACUGAUUGUGCCCAAAGAAAAGCCUUCCAACCGCAAAAAUCAAAAAGCGUCCUCUAGUGUUGGACAUAGUCAGCCGGGAUCAGAUCAGGGAUCACCGUGUGGGUUAGAUCAAGUACCUAGUCCCCAGUCGCUGAUCAGCAGCAGCACUACAACCCUGGUAAAGAUUGAACAAAAGCAGAGCCGACGGACAACACAUAUAUCUGCUGAGCAAAAGAGACGAUCAAAUAUAAACAUUGGCUUUAAAACACUCUGCAACCUGGUCCCUACCUUAAAGUCACAAUCCAAUAUCAGCAAUGCAAUCACGUUGCAAAAGACUGUGGAUCACAUUGGAAAGCUCCAACAGGAGAGGCAGCAGAUGCAGGAGGAGGUCAGAAGACUGCGAGAGGAGAUCGAGGAGCUCAACGCCUCCAUUAACUUGUGUCAGGAGCAGCUGCCUGCGACAGGGGUGCCCGUCAGGAGGAACCGCUUCGACCACAUGCAGGAGAGGUUCAAUGAUUAUGUGAAGAACCGCACUCUGCAGAACUGGAAGUUCUGGAUUUUUAGCAUCAUUAUCAAGCCUCUGUUUGAGUCGUUCAAUGAGAUGGUGUCAACUGCAAGCAGAGCAGAGCUGUGUCACACCACGUUGCAGUGGCUCGAUCGUCACUGCUCCCUUCCUGUGCUCAGACCCAUGGUGCUGAGUACUCUUCGCAAGCUGAGCACAAACACCUCCAUCCUAAGUGAUCCAUCCCUGCUGCCUGAAGAAGCCAUCAAGGCUGUUUCACACACCGACGUGUAGCCUCGCUCUCAGAGGUGAGGCAGCCAAAAAAAACACCCGAGACUUUGAACAGCAAACAUCAAAAUGACAUAUCACUAGUUCACCUUACAGGAGCUGAGCAAGGACACCAAGCCUUCCGCAGAUCCUCCACUUCCCUGAGAAAUAAACUAAAUGAAAAAUGCAAGCUAAGUCGGACCUACUUUCAAUCUGUAUGUACGACAGUCCUGUAUUUGUUGUCUUGUACCUUGAUUAUGGGAAUAAGGCACACAGCGAGCCAUAUCUUUUACAUUAGAUUACAAUAAUAACAAUAGUGGAAAAGAUGACUUUCAUCAUGUUGUAUUUUAAAGACAACAAAUACGUCUACCUUUGCCCAUAUCAGGUGAAGAUCUUUUUUUUUUCUUUUAUCGAAAGGUGGUACUUUUCGUUUGCUUUGUGAACAACAAUAUAUAUGAAUAAUGACUUGCAUGAUGUAAAAGCACCACAUUUUGUUGAAAAGGGAAUUAUUGAGUGAUUGUUCAUCUUUUGUUCUCUAGCAGAUGUUUAAGUGUAUAGAUAAGUGGGCAAGAAAAUCCCUUGUGCUUAAUGUGUAAGGACCCUAUUUCCUCAUGGUUAUUUAUCUAAGUGACUAAUGAGGAUGCAAUCUUUUGAUAUUGGUCAUGCAGGUAGAGCGCUGUAAUGUUACUUCCCGGAAAUCAAUGUCUGUCAGUGUACUUCUACUUGAAGUGCUUUUUUGCCACGGACAUGCUCUUUAAAUAUUAUUGUUUUAAGUGUCUGACAGAAUUAUGGAAAGGACCCUUCAGUGACUAAAAAAGUCUCCUGCUGAAAUCUUGUCACAUCCACAUAGUCAAAAACAGCAGCAAUGACAUGAAAAAUCUGUAAGACAACAAGCUACACUUUGUUUACUCCAACAAAACAAACUCUGACAACACCAGCACUCUAAGCAGCAUCACGUGAGUGUUGAAUACAUUUAUUUAUCUCUCCUUGCAUAAUGUGGUGAGACUUGAUAAUAAUAAUAACUUUCUGAACAAGCCAAAAACAAGUAUUUAAUUACCGUAUUUUCCGGACUAUAAGGCGCACUUAAAAGCCUUACAUUUUCUCAAAAAACAACAGUGCGUCUUAUAAUCCAGUGCGCUUUAUAUAUGGAUUACGGUAAUUCUGGUUGUGCUUACUGACCUCGAAGUGAUUUUGUGUGGUACACAGCGCUCACGGCGCUCUGUCAAAAUGUUUUAGUACGACUUUGGUAAACUACAAAGCCGCACCGCUUGCAGCAUUACGGCUACCGUAGUCAGGAGCGUCGCGGAGUUGCACCAAAUGGCACCGGUCAAGAGACACGCUUACGACGCGGACUUCAAACUCGAGGCUAUCAGUCACGCAGUAGAACAUGGGAAUAGAGCAACUGGGAGAGAAUUCAACAUUAAUGAAUCAAUGAUACGUAUUUUACGUGUUAUAACUGAACUUAUUACUGACUUAUCUGACUGUUUUGUUUCUGUUAUAUAAUAUGUAUCCGUUUUACGGCAUGUAGAAAAGGAGUGUGUAGGAGAGCGACAUGCGGGGUGGGCGUGUGUGUGCGGAAGAAGUAGUUUUGGGAAAGUGAAGUUGUUGCCAGGUUGGCUGCGUUGUCGGGUGUUCGAAGACAAUAAAAAAGGAUUACUCCAGCUCCGCUGUUUCCCCCUCCUCUUUCCUCAGAGAGUGUCACAUACCCAGCUGCUCUUCACUACGGUAUAGAGCAUAACAACGCUGGAGGUAACAACAUUUCGCUUAAUGCGCCUUAUAGUCCGGUGCGCCUUAUAUAUGAAAACAUUUCAAAAAUAGACCAUUCAUUGACAGUGCGCCUUAUAAUCCAGUGCGCCCUAUAGUCCGGAAAAUACGGUAUGUUUAUUUAGUAUAUCACAGCACCUGAAAACAGUAAAAUCAAUUAACAGUGGAACCUAAACAACUAAUUAUUACUAAUAGGCAGCAUGAGGCGAAACAAAGGCCAGUUGAGACAGUCUUCAGCUCUAUAUGUGUAAACUAAAUUCUUGAAUUGUAAACUUGAUGGAAAACCAAUGUCAAGCAGAUAAAUUGGGUGUGUGUAAAUAGUCCAAUAUGAUAACAUUGCAGCCUGUCUCACGCCUCUCUCUCGCGCUCUCCCCAAAUGACCAAUUCCAAAAGAUGUUAACCCACAGUCACUAAGGCUAAACUAGAAUAGUGUCCAAGUAGAAAAAUACCAAUGUGGAGCUUUCAUAAGGACAAGGAAGCAGAGUGCUUUAUCUACUUUUCUGUCCAUCAUUUACUCAGGUGAAUGCCUUGUAGCCAGUAAACAGAAGUGGUUUUCCACCCAUGCUGAACAUUUUUCUUCAUAUGCUGCUUGCUCUGCCCAUUUCCAGUGAAUGUACAAGAAAGCAGUCAUCUUAAAUACAGUGUGAAUGUUACAUACCUGGGUUUCAACUGGGCAGGUCAUAGCAUCAUGGAGCAAUAUUACUUACAGCCCUCAUAGGGAACAUAACCGAAAUGGCAGUAGAUUAUACAUCACAUAUUUCACAUGUACAGUGUUACAAGAUCUUAGCUGAAUGCAAAGUAGUUGGUGGGGGUCUUUGCUGGUCACUCAGGGCUGCGCUGGUCAGCAUAAUUAUUUUCAAAUUAGCUAAACAAAUCUUUCUCAGCAGGAAAGCAUGUCGUAGGGAAGUUACAUUUGCCUAUUUUUUUUUUACAUGAUUUAAAUACUUUACCUGUUGAUGUACAGGCUGCUCAAUAUAAGUAAGAUAGGGAUAGCAGUCAUCACUGAUGUCAAUUAAAACCUUCCCAGUGAAGCCAAUCAAUAGGCCUAUGUCCAAUACCCAACACUGCAGCUUGUCAUUUGUGUGGUCAUUUUAUUGUUUUGUUAUUUUUUCUCUUCCCCUCUGAUUGCAAAUACCACAUUGAAGGUUUUGUACCUGAUGAUAACAAUCAUUGCAAACUUAAUCUGUUCACAAUGUAGUGUUAUAUUUUUAUUGUUUUAAGAAAUGUUCUGUGUGUUGCAUCUGUUUGUUUGUUUUUUUGUGGCUUCUUGCAAAGUUCCCGAAUUUCUUCAACAAACAAGUUUAAAGAUGCCUUGAUUGAUUCAAAAUCACAAUAAAAGCAAACAUUUUGGAAAA